AUCAAGCAAUCUUGACGGUGCUGCAUUCAGCUUUCUGAACAAGUUCAAGUUUACCCCUUCCAUUUUCAAUUUAAUAAAGGAGAACUGCUACUGGAAUCACCCUUAUCCAUCAAGCAUACAUACAUUGACCGUCUGUAUUCAGAUUCCUGAACAGGCGACUCACAUUUUCUCUUAUAUUUUAUUGUUACUUUCCAACUUUUAGCAAGGAGUUGCCUUGAUCUUUGAUGCGGCACGGUCAUGGUGUGGUAGAUGGAUGAUGUUGGUUUCUGCAAGAAAUUAGAAACCUGGUUGAGUGGUUGUCCUUCAAUACGCUACAUCCAACAAACAAGAAACAGGAGGACAGGUUCCAGGCAGGACUGCAGAUAUCACUAUGGUCUCAAGUAUAUGCCCAUAUUUUUCUUUUCAUCAUUAUCAAGAUGGAAAUGUACUUUUCCCUCAUUAAGAGAAUCAUAAACCAUACACAUACACAUUUUUUUAAUCAAGUGGAGAUGGGGAUUGAUGAUGAAUAAAAGGCUUGAGGACCAUGAUAUUUUCAUUCUUGGUGGGACCCAUCUUGGCUGGCUUUGCGUGUGCUGUGAUUAGGCCUCAAGGGGGUUCUCCUCCUCACUCCACCACACUCGUACUAGGAGAAGGGUCUUCUCACAUUCUUGCCACCCACAAUCCCAUCAGGCAAUGGAGAAGGUAAUAAUACAUAGAAAUAGAAAUCAUUUAAAAAUAUGUUGGGAAUUGGAAUCCCCCUUUUGGUUAAAUUUCAGCUUUCCUUCCUCUUUAGCCUUUCCCUCUCUUGCAAUGCCAACAAACACUCCAUGUGCUUGAGCUUCCCCAUCCUUUAACCCUUUUGCUCCUUUACCAGGAAAGAAUCUUUCUUUAAUAUGAAUACGUGAAUGUGUGUGUAUGUGGGUAGAGAGAGAGAGAGAGGCACGUGCAGUUCCAAAUCAUACAACUUCUUCUGCCACUUCAUGUGCGUCAAUCACCACAACCACAACCACCUCAUAAUAUUAUUCUUCCUUUCCUUCUCUUUCUAACCCACAUAUCAAACUAAUCUUAAAGUUGUAUUGCAUUCCGUCCCUCCUCCUUUCUCUCUUUUCUCUAUAUCUUUCUCCAUUCAUCCAUACCCAGAGAGAAGACAGAAGAGACUACCCAACAGCAUUAAUCCAUGUACUGAGAGAGAUGAGUACUGGUUCAGCAGCAGCAGCUUGCACUAGAUCCUGGUCCAUUAGUGAAGAUUCACUGAGGAGAUACGUCUAUUUCGCGAGUGAGAGCUGCAUUCAGGAGCUGCUAUCAGCGUCAGUCUCAAACAGGGUGGGAAACGGCAAUGAUGGCUGGAAGGUUCUAGCACUUGACAACGGUGUGGAGAUAUCAAAGCGGCGCUCUGGUUCUCUUCACAUCUUUCGUAGCCGUUGGCUUCUCAGAUCAGUCUCUCCACAACAAUUUAUCACUGUAGCCAAUGCCAUCGAUGCAGCAAAGCAAUGGGACCCUGAUCUGGUGGAGGCCAAAUACAUAAAAGAUCUUGAUGAAAACCUGAGCAUCAUCCGUCUAAGGUUUGGAGACAGCUCAAAACCCCUAUUUAAGAACAGAGAAUUCAUCGUCUAUGAGCGACGAGAGACCAUGGAUGAUGGAACCUUGGUGGUUGCUGUUGCGUCUCUGCCAAAAGAGAUAGCUGCUGGGUUGCAGCCAAAACAAAAUAAUUCCAUCCGAGGACUGCUGCUUCAGUCAGGAUGGGUUGUAGAGAAGCUUGAAAACGAUUCUUGUGUGGUAACUUACGUGGUUCAGUUGGAUCCAGCAGGUUGGCUUCCCAAGUGCUUUGUGAAUCGACUUAACACCAAGUUGGUCAUGAUCAUCGACAACCUUAAGAAACUAGCGCAAGCUUGUCCCACUAAUGGUGGCAUCUGAUGGGUUGUUAAAAAGUUUCUAAAGAAAUAGCAGUAUAUAAAAUAUACAAUAUAUAUAGUAAUAACUUACAGUUUACUCUC